AUGUCAGAAUACUGGGCCGGCCGCUUACCUCUUCUCUCCUGCAGGACCUUACCUGUUCCUCGCUCCAGCGCUGCAGUCUUCCCGCGGCGGCUUCUGUGACUGCCGGGUGCCCACUGCGCAUGGCGAGAAGCGCUGCGCUUUGUGAAUGGUCCGGUGUCUUCUGGGACACAUGACAGGUCCCAGAAGGCUCCGGGCCAUUCACAAAGUGCAUGCACAGUGGGCACCCGGCUGUCAUCCGGCUGUCAUAGAAGCCGCCGCGGGAAGAAGGAAGGACAACUCCGCGGAAGUGGAAGCGGGUACCUGUCAAAUUCAG